UUCCCGCUCUGUGGUUAUCUAAGACUCCUCCACCACUAAUACUGACUGAUACGAUUCCAUCUCUGUCGCUUCGUCUCUCUAUCAUCGACGCCGAGCUCUCCUCUCUUUGUAACUGAGAAAAAGAUCGACACUUUUUCUCUUCCGAGUUACGCUUGAAGUGGUGAAAGACAACAAUGUCUAGUCGUUGGGACAAAUCGGAGAAGAGGUGCAACAAAUCUUCCGAAACUGUUCCAAUUGCUGAGUACAAUAUUCUGAAAGACAAGUAUGAGAGUCUGGUGAUAGAGAACGAGAAUCUCAUCCAAACGCUUGAGCUUCUAGAGAAAACGCAUGGUUUGACUGUUGAUGAAAUUGUGGAAAAGCAAGGACAAGAAUUGGAGAGGAAGGAGGAGAUUGCAAAGUUGAGCAACAAGUAUGGUGAAAUGCAGAAGAAGCUUGAGACCUUCGAAAAGGAUCUCGAAUUCAUAAUGUCUGUUGAUAAUGAUAUCACUGAGAUGAUGGGUGGUGGUGAGGCUUCAGGUAGUGCAAGACCUGCAAAGAAACCUAAGGUGGAUACAAAAGAAGAUGUGAUAAUGCUUAGUGAUGAUGAAGAAGGAAAUCAAAGAGAAACCAAAGGAAGGCACCGUAACUCAUCGCAUCAGGACCCUUUCAUAUCCAUGUGAUCAAGAUCUGGAAUCAAUUUAGGAGUUGGAGAAGGACAGUGUUAAUUCGGAAGUGUUGAAACUCAUGGAAACUUCUCUUGUUGCUUUUAUUUCUACAUAUAUGACUGUGAAUAUCCCCUGCAUGUUCUUGUUAUUGGCUCCGAGUUUGGAGAUUAAGACAUUAACUUUUCUUUUGUAUGGUAA